AUGGUCUCUUCAUUUUCGGGGCCCUGGGCUAUGAUUGGUGAUUUCAAUUGCAUCAAGAGGGUGAAAGAGAAAUGUGGUGGUAGGUUAGUGGCUGAGAGCUCAGUGAAUUGUCUUAGAGAUGUUAUGUUGAAUACGGGUGCUAUUGACCUUGGAUUUAUUGGGCCUUCGUUCACAUGGUCUAAUAGAAGGGAAGGUUUGGCCAAUAUAAAAGAGAGAUUGGACCAAUGUUUGUGUGAUCAAGAGUGGCAAAACUUAUUCCCCAAGGCUGGGGUUAGACACCUGUGCAACUCCAACUCGGAUCAUAAUCCGAUAAUGCUUGAUACUCAUUUAGAUUCUGGGAAGUGGCCUCGACCAUUUCGUUUUGAAGCUAUGUGGACCAAGGAGGAGGGUAGCAGACAGGUGGUGGAAGCGGUUCCUUCAAGAGAGAAUCUGAAUACUGAGGCUUCUCUAAAUUUAGAACUUGAUGAUUGGCUCACAAGAGAAGACCUGCGGUUACAGCAGAGUUCUAGAGAACUGUGGGUUAAAGAGGGGGAUCGUAAUUCUAGAUUUUUCCAUCUCUCAACCAUCAUCAGAAGGCGUAGGAAUUGCAUUUCAGAGAUAAAGUUGAAUGAUGGGUCGUGGAUUAGAGACCGGGAGGAUAUCCAGAGAUAUUUUUUGGAUAAUUUCUCCACUCUAUACAAUUCUUGUCAACCCCAAUCCCCUAUGAAUCUUGAGAAUCUCAUUCAACCGUGUGUUUCUGAUUAA